AUGAAGGACGCCACGCCGCAGAAUAUCAAAUUGGCAAUGAUUGACUGGUUCCGAGAACCGGGCAAGCGAAACGGAGUGUGGAAGGAUGUCGUGAAGACGCAUUUCACCCGUCAACAAGGCGAAGAUCAUGCAGAAGGUGAAUGGUUGAGCGCAGGAGGAUUCGAGGCUUUGGAGCUGGAGCCAGCCUCCGGAGAGAACAAGUAG